UUGAAAAAAAAAAUGCGUUGGAACCACAUUCAACAAUUACAAGAUAUUUUCAAGUUAUCAAUAUUUUUGUUUAAUGUCACAUUGAGUACUGCACAAUCUAGCUUUGGAGAUGACGAUACAAGACAACCGUGCGCAGAUUUCAAAAUAGGCGAUGACGAUUUGCAAGCUUACGACUUCAUUAGGAGAUUUCGUUUGGACCUUAUCGCUCCUAAUAAUACAGUACCUCACGUGAGGGGCUCUAAUAAAUUGCAAACAGCAUAUCGACUAGAUAAAGAAGCUGAUUUAACUCUGCCCACCAGGGAUAUUUUUCCACUCGGUUUGCCAGAUCAAUUUUCUUUCAUAUCAACGUUUCGUGCUAGAAAAUUACCGAGAUCUGUUUGGCAUAUAAUAAGAAUAACAGACGUAGAGCUCAAACCUCAGUUAUUAAUUACAUUGAAUCCAAGAAAUCGAACCAUCGAUUUUUCAAUUACAAAUUACGAAGGAGAAUUACAAACAAUUAAUUUUAAUAAUUCACAGGUAUUCGAUAGGAAUUGGCAUAAAAUUCAUUUCGGGGUUUCGAAGGAUUCGGUUCUUUUAUAUGUUGAUUGUAAUAGAAUAUCAGAAGAAACUCUGGAUCCAAGAGGGCAUAUUGACAUAAACGGACGAAUUUCCAUAUCGAAAUAUGAAAAUAGUUCAGAAACAGUACCGCAAAUUUAUCCGAUCGAUCUACAAUGGAUGGUGAUGAGCUGUGAUCCCACAAGCCCAAUCAGAGAACACUGCCCUGAAUUAAGACCUGGAUCUUUAACAACCAAACCUCCUGCACCAACGUGCGAUGUAAUAUGUCCCAGAGGACCGCCGGGGCUUAACGGAACCGAUGGUCUGCCAGGAAUAGAAGGUCCGAUAGGUGAAACCGGACCGCCGGGUAGGACGGGACUACCGGGACCGCGCGGAGAAAGGGGCCAACCGGGUGUUCCAGGUUAUCCAGGUUCGCCAGGAUUACAAGGUAUGCCAGGUAUACAAGGUGUCCAAGGACAAACAGGAAACCCUGGAAAUCCAGGAAAAGACGGAAUACCGGGAUCUAAAGGAGACAAGGGCGAUGCGGGACUUCCUGGAUUGAAAGGUGAAAAGGGAAUAGACGGUAUACCGGGUCUACCAGGUCCUGUAGGACCCCGAGGUCCACCAGGCGAAACAAUAACCAACAACGGAAACGUUAUUCAAGGACGACCAGGUCCUGCGGGACCUAGAGGACUCCAAGGUCUAAUAGGUCCCAAAGGUGAAUCGGGUGAAAGAGGAUUCACCGGACGUAACGGUACCGAUGGAAAAAUAGGACCUAGAGGAUUUAGAGGAGAAAAAGGAGAACAAGGAAUCCAAGGAUAUCCAGGUCCACCGGGACCUCCAGGAGAGCCCGGUUCACGUUCUCAAGUAUCCGGACAAGAUUUUACCACAAUACCCGGUCCUCCGGGACCGAUAGGACCUCCUGGAUAUCCAGGUAUACCGGGUAUGAUUGGUCCGAAAGGAGAAACUGGUGAUAAAGGUGACAUGGGAAGUCCAGGACCGCGAGGUUUUGACGGUAACCGAGGCGCUGAUGGUAAAACAGGACCUCAAGGACCCGAAGGUCCUAAAGGAGAACAAGGUUUCCCCGGUAUACAAGGCGUACCAGGUUUAAUAGGUUUACCGGGACCAUCUGGAGUUCCAGGUCUACCGGGAGCUACAGGACAAAAAGGAGAUCGAGGAGAACCUGGUCCACCGGGUAUAGGUAAUCUAGUGGCAGGCGUUGGAGAAAGAGGACCGCCUGGACCUGCAGGUGAACCCGGAACCGAUGGAAUCGAUGGGGGAAAAGGCGAAAGAGGUUUCCCUGGGUUACCGGGACCGCCGGGUCUAAUCGGACCACCUGGAGCGCAAGGACCCGAAGGUUUACCAGGAAGAAACGGUGAAUCGGGUCCACCGGGUCAACAAGGACAACCUGGACCUGUGGGACCGAUAGGACCUGCAGGAUACCCAGGUAAAGACGGUUUAAACGGCGAAAAAGGCAUACAAGGAGAUAAAGGAGAUAGAGGAGAAGUGGGAUCACAAGGUCCCAUCGGUCCGAGAGGAUAUCCCGGUACUGCAGGUCCUACUGGAUUACCGGGAGUCGCCGGACCCAUAGGCCCUCCGGGUUUCGAAGGUAAACCAGGUCCUCCAGGUCCGCCAGGACCACCAGGAGAAUCGAUCGUUUCAAAUUUAAUCGAAGUGGAAAAAUCGACUGGUAUCCACGGUCCUAGAGGUUUCCCGGGACCACCAGGAAUCCCAGGGGAAAGGGGUGCUGCGGGUGAAAGAGGCCCGGCAGGUCCUAGUGGGUUACCAGGCGUACCGGGGAAAGAGGGUCCCACCGGUUUACCAGGUCCUCCUGGUCAAAGGGGGCAACCGGGUUUACCGGGUAUACCAGGACCUUCGGGAAGAAGUUUUACGGAAGCGGAAGUGAAGGAUAUUUGCGCAGCAGUUUUGAGAGAUCAACUCGCCGAGUUGACAGCGGCUUUAAUAGGUCCACCGGGUCCUCCAGGUGAAAGCAGACCUGGUAGACCAGGCCCGCCAGGUGUUCAAGGGCCACCAGCGAGAUACAAACAACUAAUUUUGGGAUUAAGGGGAGCACCUGGACCGAGAGGUAUUUUGAAACGUGGAAUUGUUGGAAAACCAGGAGCUCCUGGAAUCCCAGGUGAUCCAGGCCCGCCAGGUUUACCCGGAGAAAUGGGUUUUAUGGGACUACCUGGACCCGCAGGACCUCCUGGAUCUAUCGGUUUCACUGGCGAACGAGGUGAAAAGGGAGACAAAGGAUCCGAAGGUAUCGGAAUCGAAGGACCUGCUGGAUCACGAGGACUACCAGGUCCACCAGGAAGUCCAGGAAUCGGACUACCAGGUCCGAUCGGUGAAAGAGGAGGACCCGGUAGACAAGGCGUUCCGGGUAUUCGAGGCUCUCCAGGUCCUCAAGGACCACCAGGAUUUUGCGAGUUUUGUAAUAAUUACGCUGCUCCUCAAAACUAUAUAGGUACCAGAGGUACCAAUAAAGGACCGUAAUCGUACUUAUUUAUCAAUAAUUAUUAUAUUUUGAAAUUAAUACA